AUGGAGCAGCUCUGCUUGCACUUGCCCGCGAAGGAGUUCGCGACGCUGUCCUCUACAGGACAGGAGCUGCAGCGUGUGCUACAGCAGCUCCUCCCAAGGCUUUUAAAAGGCUUGGCGGUGCUGCAGGCGAAGGCUGGCCGCUUGCUGCCCCUGGGUUUGACGCCUUUGGUGCUGUGGCAGACCCUUCGAGAGCCGGUGGUCUCUGUUGACACAGCCUGCCCUGCCUUGGGGCGCGGCCUCAUUGUCCUUAACUUAUACCCGCUGCGACUACGGAGCAUCAACGUGCUACGCUCACGGAGCAUGCAUUAUAGCAGCAUCCUGCAGCCCCAUGAGCUUGCAUGGAAGAUGGGUGGUCAGCUGACACCCCGCGUCCUCCGUGGCAAGCUCUCGUGCACGAUUGCACCCAUCCGAGGAGCUGCAGACUCCGAAAUCUCCAUCAUCCUUUUGGAUUCCGCGGUGCCUAAGCAGCCCCUGAUCACCUUGACUUGGGACUUGCAUCCUCGCAGCCGCGGUUGCUACUACAACAUUCGAGCUUCCAUUCGCGAGGUGGUGUCUUCAAGGUCCUCGUGGGCAUACCGUCAACACACUUGGAGCUUGGGUGAUGGCACCUUGCGUGCCCGGGGAUCGGAGAACGAUACCCGGGAGUACGUUUUGACGUGCCAUCUAGAGAUUGAGUGGGCGGCGGCGCGCUGCUGGAUUCUAGUGCAGGAUCGCUACAAGGAGCUGUGCCUGGAAUCAAACUGCGGUGGAUCAUCGCCGACGGCUGAUGAGCUGCGAUUGCAGCUGUCGCCUGGCACCACUGCAAGCCUGUCGGAGCUACUCCUGGGCUAG